AUGUGGGACCAGGUCCUGAAGAUGUUUUGUUCUAACAUGCCAGAGGUCGUCUUUGUUUGGAUAUCCAACAUGAAGCAGGUCCUGACCCCCCUGCUGGAGAGGGUACAGGACCUACUCCAGGCUCUGCCCUGGAAAACUGCCAGAUCUGGACCUGUGGCAGGGAUCAUCAGUGCCAUAGGAGUGGCUCUGGUGGGAGCCGCCUCCAGCUACUUCGCCUACCAGAAGAAGAAACUGUGUUUCAAGAUCCAAGGAGGUCAGGAUCCAGAGAGUGGCAAGGUCCAACAAGGUUCUCACUCUGACCCCCAAGCAUCGGACCCGUUCUCUGUCGGAGUUUACAGGAACCGUUCCAGCAUCAGCCGCUGCAGCACUAGUAGCACGCACCCGAUUCCCUGCAGACAAAGGGAGACCCUGGAUCUGCAGCAGACUGAAGACAGCCAUGUCAGUUCUGCAGCUGGCGAGGCCUUCGUGACUCUGGCCACCACAGACUCCUACUGCCAGGGAGCCGUUGUGGUGGCCCGAAGUCUGCGGCGCCACGGGACGACUCGCCACAUUGUCGUCAUGAUCACACCGAAUGUGUCUGAGCAGUCAAGACUUGCCUUGGAGAAUGUGUUUGAUGAGGUCUUCUCAGUGGACAUGAUGGACAGUAAAGACCAGGUCCACCUGUCCUUCCUGGGACGUCCUGAGCUGGGUACCACCUACACUAAAAUCCACUGCUGGACUCUGACUCAGUACAGCAAAUGCGUCUUCCUAGAUGCUGACACUCUUGUGCUGAGUAACGUGGACGAGCUGUUCGACAGGGGCGAGUUGUCGGCAGCUCCUGACCCCGGCUGGCCCGACUGCUUUAACUCGGGUGUGUUUGUGUUCAGACCAUCCCUGCUCACCCACAGCCGACUCCUGGACCACGCCCGGCACCACGGCAGCUUUGAUGGAGGUGACCAGGGCUUGUUGAAUUCCUUCUUCAACAGCUGGCCGGUGGAGGACAUCAGCAAACAUCUGCCAUUUAUCUACAACCUCUGCGCCAGCACUGUCUACAGCUACCUCCCUGCUUUCCAACAGUUUGGUCACAAUGCAAAGAUAGUCCACUUUGCUGGAGCAGUGAAGCCCUGGAGCUCACCGAGGGGAGACUCACACCUCAUGGAACGUUUUGCGUCCUUAUGGUGGAAGGAGUACCACUGGAAAGACAACCACACAACACCACCCACUCCAAAAACACAGCAGCAACAGAUCUUUGAACGAGAAGUUGAGAUACCAUUUAUACAGAACUUGGAUACCUCCGGUUCACUGCUUGCACAUUUCCGUCUAUCUGACAGUCCUCACUCACACACUGAAGACAGCAUGGAUUGGGGCAGUACGGUGGCUCAGUUGGUAGAGCAGCCGCCCCUUAGCGAGGUCGUUGGUUCCAAUCACAGCCGGGGGACCUUUAUGGUGGUGAGGUUUGAGGAUGAGUUUGGGUCCAACUCCAAAUCCAGAGGAGAGCUCCAGAGGGUGAGAAGGUCAAAAGUCAGGCAGGACAGGGAAGGCUGGCAACUGGUGGCAGGCAAGGCACGAGGAGGAUCAAGACAAGACCGAGAAGACCAGGACAGGAUCGAGGGAACCAGGUCCAAGAAGACUGGAUAA